CAAUGGAGGGUCACGCAAAGUGAUGACUGCUCUUGUUCUUUCAGAGACAGCAGCCAUGAAUGGAGCAGACCCCAUCUCCCCUCAGCGGGUGAGAGGGGCACUGGAGGCCCCAGGUACCCCCAAGUCUCUCAUCCCAGGCCUGUCGGAUGCUGAGCCAGCUACAAACCAAACAGAAAGCCCUGUGGGGGCCCUGCAGCCAGAUGAAGCCGAGGAGUGGCCGGGGCGCCCCCAAAGUCAUCCCCCAGCACCCCCAGUCCAGGCCCCCUCGACAUCACGCCGGGGCCUCAUUCGGGUCACUACGCAGCGCGCCCUGGGCCAACCACCCCCUCCGGAGCCCUCAGCCAGCUCCAUGGCAUCAGCCCCAGCCUCCAGCCCUCCAGCCAAUGCCACCACACCUCCCCUACUGUGGGGUCCCCUGCGGCGGGUGCUGAGCUUUUCCUGGGAGCUGCACGUCUACGGGGUGGGGGUGCUCUUCCUGCUGCCCGCGUUGUUGGCACUGGCCUCGCUGGCAGCCGCCCCUGCGGGGCCCGGACUGGCACUGGUGGCGGGAGUGCUGGUGCUCGUAGCGUCGGGGCUGCGAUCUGCCUACAUGCUCGCGGACCCCUACGGCUCGCAGGCACGGCUGGGCUUACGCGCCGGCCUAGUGCUCUACAACCUGCCUUUCCCCUUACUGCUAACCGCUCUGGCGGCCCUGACCCUCCUCGGCCUGGGCUCGGGGCUGCCACAGCAGCUGCAGAACCCGCUCCUGCUGGGAGCGUUGGCGCUGAUACAAGGUGUGGGGUUGUUAGCUACAGACCUGCUGUCUGUGAGGCCGGUGUUCAACCUCCUGGCUCAGGGCUUGUCGUGCGCCUGGGGCGCCGCCGUGGCUCUGGGUACGCUCUGCCUGUGCCGUCGCCGUCUGCUGGACGGGCCGCGGGGCUGGGAUAGCAACCCUGGCCCGCGGCUGCUGGCUGUGGCGGGCGCCCUAGGGCUGCUUGCUAGUGGCUUGCAGUUGGCGGCCGCGCUCUGGCUGUACCCGGGCCCAGGCCGCGUGGGACGCUUCUCUUGGGCCUGGUGGGGCGUCCACUUCUGGCUGCGCCUGCUGGAGUUAACAUGGGCGCUCACCAUGGCGCUGGCCGCUGUGGCCGCCGCGCGGCCCAGGCCGCCCACGGAGCACGCUUGCUGGGCUAAGCUGCUGCGCCUGGCGUGCCCCACGCCCUCAAGCAAGAGCGAGGUGCCCGAACGAUCCAACAACUGCUAUGCGGGGCCUAGUGGCGUCGGCACAGGCACUUUGGACAUCAGCAAGAGCCUCAUCCGCAACCCGGCGGAGUGUGGGCUGCCUGCCACCCCCAGUUCAGGCGCCUGGGGCUCAGCUGCGUCGCUGGGCCACGGUCCUCAGGGUGGUCCAGGCCUGUCCCGCAGCAGCGUGGGGCCGGCGCCGUCAGUGAGCGAGCUGGACCUAAGGCCUCCAUCACCCAUCAACUUGAGCCGCAGCAUCGACGCCGCGCUGUUCCGAGAGCACCUGGUGCGAGACAGCGUGUUCCGGCGCUGCGGCCUAAGCGGCCUAGCCUCCCCACCGCCUGGGGGCGCAGUGCGGCCGCGCCGGGGCAGCCACCCUGACGCCGAGCUCGACGGUGCGGGCUAUUUGCUCCCCCGCGGCCGCUGCCGCUCGCUCAGCGACGUGCGCGUGCGCGGGUCCGUUCCACAACACGUAGUAGAACCUGACGCCGUGGCUUCCGGCAGCUCCGUGGACAGCUUCUCCCGGGGCUCUCUCAAAAUCAGUUGGAACCCGUGGCGGCACGGGCUGUCGUCGGUGGACAGUCUGCCCCUAGACGAGCUGCCCAGCACAGUGCAGCUUCUGCCUGCCCCGGACCCUGUCCCUGCUCCUACCCAGCCUGGGGAAUCUCAGAAUGAAGUCCAGCCUCGCUGCAAGCCCGGGGACUCCCGCAGCGCCUCCAGUGACACUAUCGAGCUCUGAGAGGUCCAUCACACAGACCCCAGGACUCGCCCCCAACGGCUGUACAGCAUGGCCAACUGCGACGGUUGAACAUUUGAAAGAACAACUGGCAUUCCCGGGCCUCCACCUGACUGCAGCUCCAGGAGACAGCCAGGCUUGAACCCAGCUCUCCGUUUUUCUUUUUAAAAUAUCUCUAUUUUUCUCAGCGGGUAUUUUACACAAAGGCCGUGACCUAUGCGGAACACAGGGUGGACAUACACGAAUUUGGGUAGGCAGAUUGGGGCCCAAGUGCCCCAAACACCCUUCCAGACCCCGCAGUGUGGAGAAAUAAGGCUUGCUUGUCCAGAAUGACUGUCCUCUUUGUGCCAAAGAAAUAAACCCUUAGGACUUGGUGGCUCAUGCCUCCCUCUGGCCAUGCCAGAAUCUUCUUCAGAGGAGAUGUAGGAGGCCUCACUCCUAGUAGUAAUUCCAAGUCCUGCUUAUGAGAGGGGAGGACUUACAAAGGAAAGGGCCCUGGACCCUUCCUUGGAGGCUUUAGAAAUAACAGUUACCAAUAUUUUACGGAACAUCUACUAUUUGUUGUGCAUUAUCUUCAGCUCUUCACGUUCAUCUUAUUUAAUUCUCGUAUUAAGCCUGAAUGGAAAGCAUUAUCACGCCUAUUUUAUAGAAGAGUGGAAUUAAGGGAUGGAAGUCAUUUG